AUGAAGAUGAAUAUUUCAUUGGUUCUUUUCACACUCAUCUCCAUCGCCUUUGGAGGGACCCUUCAGAUCAUCGACUAUGAAGACCAGUGCUUGGUGUAUUCCACGGACAAUUUCAAUUGCACCGGCUACUCACAUCCAUUUGCACCUCUUGAAGGCGACUCCUGCUCUAGGUAUCAAGGCACAGGAUCCGAGCCCAAUGCAGUGAAAGUCAACCUUUGCAAUUCACACCACCACAUUGCGUGGGUUGAAGUGCAUCGAAGCGGCUUGCUUCACUUUCACAACGACCAAGGGGACGAGGCGAGCUGCAGUAUUGAUGAACCUCUUGAAAAGGGUAAAGUCUGUACCAUUGGUAGCAGUGUAAAGACGUCGACGUCAAGCAUGAGAUCUACACCAACUUCAUCUGACGCUACGUCUCAUCGUGUAUCAGUCAAUGCGGCGGGAGUGGCCUCGCCUAUCUCUGCGGCUUCGUCGAAAAUUCCGGAUUCCACGAUGGAUUGUUAG